AUGGGCCACGUGGACGCCGCGGGAGGGCAGAACCGGUCGUUGGGGCGGGGCCGCGUGGGGUUUAACCGGGAGCAGCCGGUGGCGCUCCUCCCCGGGAUGGCGUGGGCAUUUGUGUUGAUGACAAGCCAUGAACAGCGCAACCACCAGUUGUUAACUAACCCUCUUGUAAACUUCAAGCAACCGAAGCGAAGAGCAGAAAUGGUGUUCCAAAAGAGGUCGUCGUCAGAGAUGGAGUCGUGCGGUGGAGGCCAAGUCGCGGAGAUGCCGCGCGUUCCCAAGUCCGCGAGGGGCAAGAGAUCGGUCAGGAAGAAGGAGGCCCGGAGCCCGGCCCAGAUGUCCGCAUUCGACCUUCUCGCGACGGUGGCAGGGAAGCUGCUUGAUGAGGGGGUGGGCUCGCUUGGGAACAUGAGCACCGGUGCCCCGGCCUUGGCUGCGUGCGCGAAGGAUGUCCGUGUGAAGCAGGAGCAGUGUGAUGAGGAAAUGAAGCAGUUCAAGCAUGAGGUGACGGAUCAGGAUAGCUGCAAUGAGAGUGCAAUUCUCCCCCACAUUGCGUUCCAGCGGGCGGCGAAUAAUGCUCGGAUUGAGGAUCCUAAGGCAAAGUCUGAAGCCCAGGACAAGGAAUCCUCCAUGAUCAGCUGUACCAAGGCUGAAUUGGGUUGUAAUUUUGGUGUGAUCGCAGACAGGUGGUCGCCUGAAUCCGUGGAAUCAGGAGCCUUCACAGGAGAUGCAGUGGCGAGCCUGAUGCCGACGGCCCCAGCAGGAUUUCAUAAGAAUGCACCCGAAAUGUAUAAUUUGCUUGAUUCAAUGGAUGUGGAUGCCAAGCCUCCUCCUUUGGUCAGCUCUGACAGCACCGGCGAGAUGCCAUUGUAUGACGAUAAAAUUCACCGCUCAACCUCCUUACCAAGGGGCCCAAAGGGAGUGGGGGGUUUUGCUGUAGAUAGAGAUGAUGAUGACGAUAAGUCCUCUGGGUGCACUCAUCCGAGCACCACCACUAACAGGGAUUUCAGGUCCAAUUGUACAGCUGAGUAUAGUAGGGUAAGGAAGCUGCUCACUAGUAAGUACAGGAAAGUUGCUCCAGCGAGGAUUCACAAAUCUGAUCUUUCCUACAGUGAUGUCGAGCGGAAGCCUUCUUUCCGGAACAAGAAAAUGCAUUAUACACGACAGAGGACACAAAGGAGUACAUUCAAGCGGAGGAAGCUCUUUGAUCGCCAUUUGGUUCUAGCAUCUGAAUUUGGUGCAGCAAAUGGAAAGGGAAACACAAAGGUUACCGGAAGAGACUCUCAUGCUGAAGCAAACAAGGGGACUACUUCAAUGCCAUUCCAGAAAUCUUGUGUGUCAAAUGAUUGCCAUGUGAAACUUAGAAUUAAGUCUUUUAAGGUGCCUGAACUUCUUGUUGAAAUCCCAGAAAGUGCAACUGUUGGCUCACUAAAGAAAACUGUUCUCGAGGCAGUGACUGCGAUUCUUGGAGGUGGUCUACGUGUUGGUGUUCUUCACCAUGGAAAGAAAGUCAGAGAUGAUAGUAAAACGUUAAUUCAGGCUGGGAUUGGCCAGGAUGAUAUGCUGGACAACCUAGGCUUUUCACUUGAACCCAACUGUACACAAAACCCGCACGUCCAAGCUCCUGAAGAUAUCAGUUUCCUCGAAACCAUUGAUACUACCGAACCCCUCGCAAGGAUUGCACCUGCUGACUCGUGUUCUAAGCAUGGUGAAGUUGAUGUAUCACAGGAGCUUGCAUUAACCCCAUUAGCAAUGAACUACCAGGGCAGUGAUCAUGAUUCUGUGCACUCCCCUGGGGGUGUCUCAUCACCCGAUAAAGUGUCCACAAACUCGCGAGCUUUAGUUCCAGUUGCAGCUGCAGAUCCCAAUGCAGGAGCUGUAGUUCCAGCGAAUAAGUCUAAGAGGUCACCAGAGCAGGGGCAACGCAGAAUCAGGCGCCCGUUCUCUGUUGCUGAAGUAGAAGCACUUGUGCUCGCAGUCGAAAAGCUUGGAACGGGAAGGUGGCGAGAUGUUAAACUUCGCGCUUUUGACAAUGCAAAGCACCGUACUUACGUUGAUCUUAAGGACAAAUGGAAGACGCUGGUGCACACAGCGAGCAUCUCGCCACAGCAGCGGCGUGGCGAGCCGGUGCCUCAGGAGCUGCUCGACCGGGUCCUGGCGGCCCAGGCCUACUGGUCCCAGCAGCAAGCCAAGCUCCAGCCUAAGACGCCCCCGCUGGCUGAGGCUCGCUUGCUCACCUAA